GCUACGCUGACAGCGCGUUUGGACACGCCACUGCUCGCGGUGAGAACAACACGCCCACGCAGCUACCAGCCUGGAGACGAUUGGCAAUCUACACACCUGGAAUUGAUGAAGGCGAGCUGCUUAAAGAACCAGUGGACCCAGGGAUGCUUGCGGGAACUUAGUUCUCAAAUAGUGUACCCAGUGUUUUCCAUCCGUUGCCCUGGAUCUCGACUGCCUCCCUUGUUCCUCGACUCCUCGUUCGCCCCUGGACUGUGAUGCCUCUCUCUCGCCCCGGAUCACCUGCCUGCCCGAUGGACUGCCUCGUUCCUUCGCUCUCGUCAACACUUGAUACCUGGGUCCAACACCCUCCCUCCAUGCUGCGUUGGGAUGAAGCUGCAGCCUGGUUACCAUCCAUCUAGCUCAUCCUCCUCCUCCUCCUCCUCCUUCUUCUCCUCCUCCUCCUCCUCCUCGUCCGGAUCCUCCUCCUCCUCGUCUUAAACCUCCGGCUCUUUUCGCCUCUGCAGCCUCCAAGCACUCAUGCCUUUGGACACGUUUGUGUGCGGGAGCUGGUUCACGGAAGAUGCUGUGAGGAGCUUCACUGAUGGCAACAUGGAGCUCUCCUGCCAAGGCUGGUCAUCAAGCACACUAGACAACACUAGCGUUUCCCCCAGCAACAUUUCGGAGCUGGCCGCACCCACCAAUCUGUCCUACAUCCUGGGACCCAAACGCUCGCCCUUCUUCCUGCCCGUGGCCAGCGUCUACCUCCUCAUCUUGCUGGUGGGACUGAGCGGCAAUCUGCUCACCUGCGCGGUGGUGGCCAAGAACAAAAAGAUGCGCAACCCCACCAACCUCUACCUGGUCAGCCUGGCUCUGUCCGACCUGCUCAUGCUGGCCUUCGGAAUGCCGCUGGAGAUCUAUGACCUGUGGCAGAACUACCCCUUCCCCUUCGGCGAGGGCGGCUGCUACUUUAAGACUUUCCUCUUCGAGACGGUCUGCUUCGCCUCUAUUCUCAACGUGACGGCUCUGAGCGUGGAGCGCUACAUAGCUGUGAUGCACCCGCUCAAGACCCGCUACAUCACCACCAAGCGCCACACCAAGCGGGUCAUCGGCGCGGUGUGGGCCGCCUCCAUGGUGUGCGCCAUACCCAACACCUCGCUGCACGGCAUCUUCUACUUGCCGGAGCGGCUCCAGGAGUCGGCCAUAUGCACGGUGAUUAAGCCCCUGUGGAUCUACAAAAUGCUGAUGCAGAUCACCACCGUCUGUUUCUUCUUUGUGCCCAUGAUGGUGAUCAGCGUGCUCUACCUGGUCAUGGGCCUCCACCUGGGCAGGGACAGGCAGCGACGGGGCGGCAACUUAGAGAGGAAGUGGAGCGGCGAGUGCCGUGUCAAGAUCAACGAGGAGAGCGGUCGCAGGAUGCAAAUUGUCAAGAUGAUCUCCAUCGUGGUCGCAGUGUUCGGCUUCUGCUGGGCGCCGUUCCACGUGGACCGUCUGCUGUGGAGUUCCACCCGCCAGUGGACCGACCUGAUGCACUACAUCUACCAGUACGUGCACAUCCUGUCGGGGGUCCUCUUCUACCUCAGCUCCGCCGUCAACCCUGUCAUCUACAGCCUGAUCUCCACACGCUUCCGGGAGUGUUUCCGUGAGCUGGUGUGCUCCCAGGCGGAGGACAACGGCUCCGGACGAAGCUCUCCACCGCGCCCUACAAUCUUAAAGGAGCCCUCGGUUGCCGGCGCUGAGACGGAGGGGCGGAACUCCAACUCUCUCAUCCCCUUAUUAUCGCCUCCUAUGGGCUUUGACGCUGUGGACUCGGUCCACCAGACCUCGGUGUUCUGACUUGAGUCUGAUUGGAAAGCGGUCCUCUAAGUCAUGAAGCCUCUUUCACACGGAAAUAUCGUAACGGAAGGUUCCGUUUGUUUACGCAGAACCCAGCUUAGGUGAGCUUUUAUUGACGUGAUGGCUAGCUUUCACACUUGAAUCCAUACCGUACCGGAUCUUAGCACCUGGGAAUCGAUUCCAAUACUUGAUUUUGGGUAUACUUCUGUGUGUGCUCAAGUAUUAGUAAUUAUCAGUGUGUUUAUACAAACCCCAAAAGCACGUUGUGUAAAUGGUAAA